AUGCUGGUCACCAUUCUUGGGAAUGGUGUGGUUAUUAUCUCCAUUGCUCAGCUACACAGGCCAACUAACAUGCUUAUGUCUCUGGCACUUGUAGACCUAAUGCUUUGAGUGACUGUGAUGCCUUUUAGUACAAUAAGAGCUGUCAAGGGCUGCUGGUACUUUGGAGAUGCUUUUCGUUUGCUGCAUUCUAGUUUUGAUAUGUAUCUCACUUCUGUUUAAAAUUUUUCACAUGGUGUUCAUUGCCAUAGAUCGAUAUCGAUAUGAUAUUGUGCAAUCCACUUCGCUAUUCCACCAAGAUUACUAUACCAAUUGCAUGGCUCAUGGUUUUUGCCAGUUGGGCCGUUGCUGCA